AUGGAGUAUCUGCAUCGUCUCAAUGUCGCAGCCAAGCACGCUAAGAUUGCGAUUAAAAAAGAGAAUGUUUAUACCGCGGCCACGCGUCGCAAACAAGAGGAAUUUUUCAUCGCUAUGCUCGAUGAUCUCGAUCUAGCGAAACAGAUAACUCAAUUGCGAUUGAAGGACAUUAAUGAAAUAGAAGAAACUCUCCUUGCAUGCCAACGGAUGGAGUCGUCAGGUGAAAGCGUUGACGGGAUCGAACAGAUUCCAUUAGCGGACGAAGGUGCCUCCCAAUCAAAUGUCAUCCAAGACAACCCGGGCAGUGAGGGCGGACCGCGAGAGAGUCGAAAGCAGCGAAGCGAGUCGGACUCAAUUGGAUCCGAUGUCGGCAAGUAUGGUUGCCGAGUCUCUGCGAAUACUACGCCUGAUCAAUAA